AAAUACGGAUGAAAUAAACACGAUGAUGAUGACGAUGACGACGUCGAUAGUCAACACCAUGGUCACCACUCCGAGACACAAGAUGGCGAUACUGGUUGCUAUGAGCGGAGACAAUUAAAGCCGACGAAGAAGAAGAGGAACGAGGAGCGAGGAGGUGGAGAAGGUUGAUGUGAUAUUCACGUCCAAGGGAGACCUCACUGGGACGGGACAGGUAACGCAAACCAUUUGUCGACGGGGGUUUACAGUCAAGGUGUACAUCAGAGUAUAGAUAAUGCUCAGACAUGGUGCCUUGUCAGACCCAUGUGUUGCUGAAGUGGCAGGAGCACUUCAAUAGCUCCUGGGCAGCGGAAGACAGUAUACAGACAGCUAAGAGGCAUGGAGCUGCUGUACUCUACAAUAAGCUCCUUCUCAACAAGGAAGUGGUGACUCUGGCUCAACCUGUUCAAGAGCUCAUCGGCCCACGCCUGCCAGACUUCGAGUGCGAGUCCAGUGCCUCAGCGGAGAGGGAAGAGUACCUGUCAUCCUUGCUUCACAGCCAGCGAUGGCUGGCUCACCGCAUGCUGACACAAACCGCCUACACCUUGGGCCUCCAUCACAGGCUGGUAGUUCUUCAAAGGAUCUACUAUGCACUUCACAGUAAAUACCAUGACAAAUUUCGGGUGCAGCUGCCCUCCCAGUCUACAGACAGUGGCACUGAAUGUGGGCAACUGGAACUGGUCUCAGAGCCCUGCCUGCCAGGGGUGCCAGGAGCAUCCAAAGUCAAGUCGGGUACGGAUGUUCUGAUAGAGAUGGGAGUGAGGACAGGUUUGAGUCUGCUCUUCUCGUUACUGCAGCAGAACUGGAGAUUCGCGGCCUCUGUUCAUCCAGAGUCAGUGCUUUGCAAUGACGUUCUUGCCACGGCGUCUUCUGUGCUGGCUUCUCUGCCACCGCUGUCUCUGGCCAAUGAGAAUAAGAUCCCGUCAGUCGGGCUGGACUGCCUGGCUCAGGUGGCUGACUUCCUAAAGAAGACAUCAGUGAGCAGCGGGACAGGUGGGGCGGAUCCGACUGGUCGGAGGCUAGCGCUGGAACUGCUGCUUGGCCUGGCCAUGCAGAGGGGCUCUCUAAAGUUCCUUCUGGAGUGGGUGGAAGUAGCCUUGGCUGCUUCUAUGUCCUCAUCCUCUUCUGCACUGUCUUCCUCCUCCUCACUGAGCUACCCACAGUCAGCUGCUGUGGGCUUUGAUGUUAUACAUCAAACGCUUCUCCAAAUGAGGCAAUAUUCGGGUUUUCGUGGGGAAUCAGUUAACACUCAGGUGCUGAACAAGGAUCCAGAUGGACUUUGUCGACUCUCCCAAGCAGCUCUCUGCCUGUUUGAGGAGAUUUGUAACCUAGCAUCCUACUGCCUGUGCUCCUGCAGCACUGAUGCAGCUGCUCCUGGUAGCGAGAGUGACACAGUCAUGGUGUAUGUAUGGGGCAGCAACAGUAGCCAUCAGCUGGCAGAAGGAACUCUGGAGAAAAUCCUGCUGCCAAAACUAACCCAGGGCUUCAGUGAUGCCCAAAUGAUUGAGGCAGGCCAGUACUGCACAUUCUCAGUAUCUGCAGAUGGUUCUGUAAAAGCAUGUGGAAAAGGCAGUUAUGGCCGUCUGGGCCUGGGGGACUCCAACAAUCAGUCCAUGCCCAAGAAACUUGUGCUAGAGCCACAUAGGAACAUGAAGAAGGUGUCCUCCUCCAAAGGCUCUGAUGGUCACACUUUGGCAAUCACUGUAGAGGGAGAGGUGUUCAGCUGGGGAGAUGGAGAAUAUGGGAAAUUGGGCCAUGGUAACAGUGCUACACAGAAAUACCCCAAACUUAUACAAGGACCACUGUUCAGCAAAAUUGUUGUUUGCGUGUCUGCUGGCUACAGACACAGUGCUGCCGUUACUAAUGAUGGAGAGCUUUAUACCUGGGGGGAAGGCGACUUUGGCAGACUUGGUCACAGUGACAGUCAGAGUCGAAACGUGCCCACACUGGUGAAGGACAUCAGCGGUGUCGGGCAGGUGGCCUGUGGCAGCUCCCACACCAUUGCUGUGGCACAAGAUGGACGCACUGUGUGGUCCUUUGGAGGAGGGGACAAUGGUAAAUUAGGUCAUGGAGACACCAAUCGUGUGUAUCGACCCAAGGUCAUAGAGGCCCUGCAUGGCUUCAUAAUCAGGAAAGUGUGUGCUGGCAGCCAGUCAUCCUUGGCUCUUACCUCUGCAGGACAGGUGUUUGCUUGGGGCUGUGGCUCAUGUUUAGGAUGUGGCUCAUCUGAGACAACUUCUUUGAGACCCAGGUUCAUAGAAGACCUGAGUAUCACCAAGAUCAUUGAUAUCUCAUGUGGAGACAGUCACUGUCUGGCUCUGUCUCAUGAAAAUGAAGUGUAUGCCUGGGGGAACAACACCAUGGGCCAGUGUGGGCAAGGCCACACUUCGACACCGAUUACCAAACCCAAGAAGGUGCUUGGUCUGGAGGGAGUCUCGAUCCAGCAAAUCACUGCUGGCACUUCUCACAGCCUGGCUUGGACUGCAGUUCCAACCGACAGGCAGCUGGUGGCAUGGCACAGGCCCUUUUGCGUUGACUUGGAAGAGAGUACAUUCACCUACCUACGCAACUUCCUAGAAAGUUACUGUGAUGGCAUCGGGAAUGACAAACCGCCUGCCCCAUUCUUAUCUAAAAGGGACCACCAUCAGUUUCUUUUGCUGUGCAUGAAGCUGCUGUCCAUCCACCUGUCCUUGGCCCAUGCGGGGGGUACUGGUGCCAUGGUAUUGGGGGCUCAGGGCAGACCCCUCAGAAACCUGCUCUUCAGGCUCAUAGAUACCAACAUGCCAGAUUCCAUACAACAGGCAGUUCUGAACACACUGUCCAUCGGUGCGUCGCUGCUGCUGCCUCCACUGAGGGAAAGAACAGAACUGCUCCUGUCCCUCCUUCCUCAGGGUCCUCAGAGUUUGAAUGUCCUCUCCAAAGGACAGCGUCUGCAGUUGGACAUGGUCCUCAGCAGCCUUCAGGAUCAGAACCAUGUAGCUUCUCUACUAGGUUACAGCAAUUUUGGGGAGGUGACAGCCCUGGGACCCCCUCUGACAUCUGCUGUGUCUGUCCGAACCCCCUCUGCAUCGGGCUCUGAAGCCUAUGACCCUCUGCACCUGGCAGAGGUGCUGCUCAGAACCCUGCUCCUCAGCAUAGGCUUUUACACGGAGCGGGCAUUUGGGGAAUUGGAGAAAAACAGUGACAAGCAGCUGUCAAACGAUAGCCAGGGACAGACUGAUCCUCCCUCUCAUUUCCACCAGCUGCUGUCUGGACUUCACAAACACCUGCUUGCCCAUUGCUACAUCCAUUCCAGCCCUGAGGAUGACAGCAGUGUAACGCUGCUACGAGAGCAUCUUUACCUGUUGCUUCCCUGUGCUGCAGAGACGCUCGGGAGAUCCACAAAACUGUUGAAGGAGAGUUCCCUGGAUAAACAAAUUAUCAAGAAGCUGCAGAUGGUGUUGUACAACUCUGUGGCUGGCAGCCUUCUGUGCCAGGUAAUGUACUCCUUGCUGCUGCUGCCGUUGGGCACAGUUCAACCACUCCUGAGCCAUUUAUUGGCCUUGUUGGAGCACCUCAAUGAUUUCAACAGGUUGCUGCCAGAGACAGGCCUCCUGGAGGAACAGGAACUCGCGAUGGAAGCUCACAAAACCUGUUUAGAUAAAAGUGAAGAAAACACGUGCCUUGGACAGCAGCAGCAGGAGGAGGAGUGCAAGUGGGUUUGGCUGCUGGAUCUGGAACGGUCUGUAGCGUUGGCCGUCGGUCGUUGCCUUGGUGGUAUGCUGCAAGGCCCGCCGCCUUCACUUCAGGAGAAAACGUCAGAGUUCUGGCUAUCAAAUAUCCUCCUCAGGAAUGGCCUUGAGAUGGACUUUGAACAGCUGGACUCUAAGAUGGCAUGGCUGACUGAGGUGGUACUGCUGGGCAGUACUGACGCCAGGCUGGCAGAGCUCAGUCUGAAUGAGGAUACCAGGAUUUUAUUGGAACUGGCACUGGGAUCUUCCAGGGGACCCGCAGGUGGUCUGUGGCGGAAGAUGGAGGAGUAUGCUCACAGCAGAGAAUGGGAGAGUGGAGGAUCUUCAGGUGAUUGUUUGCUGCAGACUGUUUGUCGCUGCAGUCUAGCUGCUCUUCUGAAACAUACUGGGCUGCAGAAUGAGGCCUGUUGGCAGGACAGAUAUGAACCCUGUGAGAUGCUGUUAGAAGUCUACGAGACAGUUUAUAAAAUCAGAAGCACUUUGUUGGCUCAUAAAAACUCUCCAAGGAUGUCACAGGUGCAGAUGGCUGCCAAACAGACCAUUCAGUCUCCCCAAAGUCCUGAUGCAGACAGGCAAGAACCAAGCACCUCAGUCGAGCAGGUGGCAAAGGAUCACGAGCAGCAGCCAAGAGGCCACUGUAGCCGAGAGGUGCAGGUGCCCCCACCUCCCACAGCAAACCACAACCAGGAGGAGGUUACAGAGGAAGACACGUUUGGCAAUAGUCGUAUGUACCUGUCAGAAGUCCUGGAAUCAUUCAUGGCAACCCGGGAGGCCAUGCAAGUGCAGCAGAACGUCACAGUGUACGAAUCCUUUGGCACUUCAACCCUCCCGAGCAGCAUGGAGAGCCCAGUCAGCCCAGAGAGGGAGCUGGAUCCCCGGCAGCAGUGGGACAAGCAGAAGGAAUCUGAAGAAAGCUUGUCAUUCCCUGCUGCCUGCCAUCUGGUGGUCUCCCGCUGUCUCUUCCUCCUGCUGGGUGUCAAGCCUGCUUGGUUGGAACCUAGUGAAAAGGAAAAUAGUCAGGCUUUUACCACCGGAGCAAGGAAAUCAGCAGCCGAAUUCUUUAUGAUGUCUGCUGAUGGCCGAAAACAGGCUGACCAAUCAAAAAACUCCUCAGGACAUUCCAAGAAUAAAAUGGCCUUACCCCUGUGUUCUCUGGGCAUCAUGAAGGACGCUUGGGAUCGCCUGCGACAGUGUAUCAGUCCAACCACCUCUAUGUCCCAAGGUGGCAACAACACUUUGCCUAUUCUUAACCAGGUCUUCCAUUUUGUCUGCGGAAGCCUGAUCCACUUGCCAUCCUCCUCUCCAACACUGAACAGCGUACAAACUUGUCAGGCAGAUCCGAAGGCCAUCACCUUUGCUAUACUGCAGCAGCAACAGAGGGCGGAAUUGCGUCUGGAGGCCUUGUGUCAGAUGUCAUCCUUCCUGUCAAAGAUGGAGGAAAAGAGCAGCGGGUUCACCAUCUCCCCUCAGUUUCCAGCAUUGUUGCAGUCUGUGCAGCUCCAGUUCCUCUCUGGAUGCUUUGCCUUGGGAACACAAAUCAUUGGCUCUCACUCUGUGACUAAUUACGAGAUGCAGCAUUACAUGUCCGGCACGCAUUCAGCUUCUGCAGAGACACAGAGCGAGCUACAGUCUGCAGCCCACACCUUCUACCAGCAGGUGGUGCAUGUCCUCAAACACAGGGUCCUGGUGGAGAGAGAACAUCCAGGUUCGUGCCAGCACCUUCUUCUAGCCACAAUGUUUGCACUAAAUUUCUGCUACCAACCAGUGGACCUUGUGUUGGUCAUCAAAUGUGGCAUCCUGGAUAUCCUUUCCAUGCUGACCAACAACAGCUGUGCAUUGAUGAACCAGGGCUGGUUUGCAGCCUCGACUUCUGGAUCCAUGCUGCUUAGUGGGGCUGUUAAACUAGCUUGUGCUCGUCUUCUUCAAAUACUAACUGUAGCUGCAAGCUCCUGUGAGGAUUUGCUGCCUAUGGAUGUAUCCCAUGCUCUGAUGGAGGUGAUGUGUGAGCAGCUCCAAAAUAUCCUGCAUAAUUUCCACCAGCUGCAGACAGCAGAGCGAGGAACAGCUGAGAGAACAGAUCUGGACUCGAGCAGCAACAGCGCACAUCUAAUUGGAGCGGAAAGCAGCAAGGUGGUUGAGUCACAGCUUGCAGAUUUCUUGGUGUUUCUGAGGCGUGUGCUGUCUUUAAGAGUGAUGAAUAGACUUUCUACUUUUGUCAAAUGGAUUGAUCCACUCAUGGCCAUUAUUUCACACAAGUGCUCUUUAGGAUCUCCAUGCUUCCAGAACCUUCGCACUAAGCUUUUGGCCUUCCAUGUUUUAGAACGACUGUUACCUGCUUGCUCUGAGCCUUCUCAAAUUCAACUGAUUGUUAAGCAACUCUUUCAGCUCUUGUCUGUUUAUAUGUGGAAGGAACCGCUAGCUGAGAGGAACCAUGAGGAGAUUCCUGAAAAGCACAAGGGGAGUCCUGGCAGCUAUGAUGAGUGUAUUCCCAUUGGAGAUUUUUCCUUUGACCCACACAAGAUAAUCUGCUGUUCAUUGGAGAGCGGGAACAUCCUCUCUCAUGGCUCAGGAGGAAAAGGUUAUGGCCUCGCAACCACUGCCAUCACAUCUGGCUGUUUCAUUUGGAAGUUCUACAUCAGCAAAGAGAACAGAGGCAAUGAGGGCACAUGUAUUGGUGUUUCACGCUGGCCUGUCAGAGAUCACAACCACCAUACCACCACUGACAUGUGGCUGUAUCGUGCUUAUAGUGGCAACCUGUACCAUGGGGGGGAACUAGUCCGCACACUUCCUUCCUUUACCCAGGGUGACACCAUCACCUGCAUCCUGGACAUGGAGGCUCACACCAUAUCAUUUGCUAAGAAUGAUAAGGAGCCAAAGUUGGCAUUUGAAGGUGUGGUUGCCUCUGAACUGUACCCUUGUGUGUUGUUCUACAGCAGUAAUCCUGGAGAAAAGGUGGCACUUCGUGACCUCCAGAUGCGAGGCAUGCCCAGCAAUCUACUUCCUGGGGAGCCUCUCUGCAGCCCUCGGACCACGGUGCUCCUGGAGUCAACAGUGCAGCUCCUCCGUAGGCUCCAUCAGUGUGACCAGUGGGCCUCGCACAUCAACCAGUAUAUCCAUGCCCACUUGGAGCUCAUUGGGCCCCUGCUGAAAGACGAUGACUUAGGAAGCUUCAAUCCAGGCCUCAGUCCCACAAACUUUGAGAAGGAAGAAAGUGAAAGAGACAGAGCUGUUCCUGGGGACGACACAGAGGAAUUGUUGGCACAUCGUCGACCUCUGUCAGAGGCCAAGCUGGCUGCUCUCUGCACUGAAGUGUGGCCGGUACUUGCCCUGAUUGGAGGAGUGGACAACGGCCUGCGGGCUGGAGGUUUGUGUCUGCACAAGCCCAGUGGACGUCGGGCCAUUCUACUGGGAGUCCUGAAAGAAGGAAGCUCCCUUGCAAAGCUUCAGUGGGAGGAGGCAGACCUCUCUGUCAGCUCCAUGAAUUCUUGGUCACCCAGCGACAUGCCGAUCAUCUCAUUGGAGCCAUGUGACGUGUCCUGCUGCGAUGUCACCCCGCUUGGAGGCCUCAAACCAACGGUGCUGUUAGAUCUGAUUUAUUUGUUGGGCCUGCUGGAGGAGCAGGGAUGGCUGGGGUCUCAUCCAGCCCAGAAAAGGAAAUACUCAGAAGAGAACAUGAAAGACAGCGUGCUGCAAUGCUGUCAGGAUGAAGACAUCUCUGCUGACAUCAGGUGGCUAACAGAAGAUGAGAGGAAGACUUUUAAGGAGCAGAAGGUUGAGACCGACCCAUUCCCAUCACUGUCCUCAACCAAAGAUGCCACAAAGAUCGUAGACCAUCAGGAGUUGACCUGUCUAUCCCACCCUCCUCAAACAUCCAAAGUGGAUGCCUUCGCCCUUGAACUGAGAGCAGUCAGAGUCUCAUACCUUGUCAUUGGGGCUUUGAAAUCCCUGACUGUCAUUUUUAGUUGUGAGAAGCUAUCAGAUUUGCUCCAAGUGCCUAAACAUGACCAUUCCAACUCUUCAGAGAGUCCUCUGUCCAGCCCAAACACUGACCAGGCCAAGGCCAGCAGCAAACAGUGGGAUGAGAGUGCUGAGCUGAGAUCAGUGCUGCAGUAUGUGGUGCAGAGCAUGGUGAAGUGGGCAGUCAGACCUUGUCCCAUCAAACAGAGCGUGUCUCUUGCCGACCUGGAAAGGGCUCAGAUCAUGAUCUACAAAGGAGCCAUUAGUCGUCUGCAGGAGGACAAAGAACACAAAGAAUCUGGUCAUCACUCCUCUCAGCCCAUUUCCAAGUCCUCGAGCUCUGUGUCCUUGUACAGCGUGGGUUCAGAAGGCACUGCCAUCUUUGGCCAGUCAAACAGAGCCUCUGCAUCAUCCUCUAACACUGACUUGGCAUCUUCUCUGCCAACAAACCUGCAGGCAGAUGCCCUCGAUAAUUUCAACCCUUUCUUUCCCAUCAGCCUUCUUCAGCACAUGGUCUUAACUCGGUUCCCUACGCUUACCGGUCUGGUUAGCUCUCCCCCCGUACUGCAUCCAUGCUUCAGCCUGGCCAGCUCUGCCUCUUGUGAUGCCUUCACAGAGCAGCAGACUAGCUUCAUGGAACCAGGUCCCUGCAGCACACAGGCCAGAAGCAGCCUGGAACGGACACAAAUGUUUGUCACCAGUCGGUUGCUAGAAAUGGGAUUCUCUAUGAGACAUAUCUACUGGGCCAUGGAGGCAGCAGGUACUGCUUUGUGGGAUGUAGCAGGUGACCUGGACUCUCAAACCAUUGAGGUGUUGGCCAGCUGGAUGCUAGAGCACCCCCUGACUGAGGAGCAGCAGGCAGCUGAGUCGCCUAGACAGGAGGGGGCUCCUGACACCCCGUCACCAGAUGGGCCAGAGACGGUACAAUGUCCUGAGAGACCGACCAGUCAGCCAAAUGAAAGCCUAUUGCCAGGGCUUGACUGGAUAGAGAGAGAGAACUUCUUGGAUGUCCACCUCACUAGAAACAGACCUCCUCCAGCACGGAGGCGGCGAUCAGGCCCGAGUCAGAGGACUUCCUUCCGAAGGGCAGACCUGCCAUCACCCAACCCCCUCCCUCAGCUGUACCAACAGCACACGACAGUCGGUGAUUGGCCAGAGCAGGUGGAGUUUCAUCCCUACUCUGCUGAGGAGGAGUCAGAGCUGGGCUACAUGGAUGACCCAUACCAUGAAGAAACUUAUGAGGACCUGCUCACCCCUUCAUUCUUCAGCUUGGAGAGAGACACACUCCAGAUAGUGGAGGCUGGAGAAGAACACAGUCAGAUGGUGAAGUGUGAGCUGUGCAACACCCUUACCCUGCAAUUCAACAAUCACAUAAAGCGGCGUCACCCAGGUUGCGGUCAGAGUGCUGCACGUAAGGGUUAUGACAGUACCGGGGCUUACGUCGAUGUCUGGUUCAAAGGGGAAUGUGGCUCCAACUUCCCCUUCUACCUCCUCUGCAGCUCCUGUAGGGAAAAGUAUCUGGCUGCAAACCUGAACGAUCCAAGCUCUAAAUAUGAGAGGCUAAAAGGUCUAACAUCUGAUUUGAUUGGCCACCUGGACAGCACUUCUGAUGAUGAUUGGGAAAUGAGUCACCAAGAAGAGUGCGACACAGACAAGCUGACAGGACUGGAGGACUUUGGGGUUUUGCUGAGACCACUGGGGCUGACUGAAAAGAAGCUGGUGCCAGACCCCAUUGCCUUCACUGAGCCAGAUCCCCUUGGAGCCCUGGUUUACAGCUCAGCUGAAACUACGAGAGCAGUAGCACCUAAAGCAGGGAAUGCCCUCGUUGAGCACAAGACCUCUCUGAGCCUUGGACAGCAGGCAGUAUCGCUCAGGGACUCUCAUGAUAGACUAAAAGCUUUAAGAAGAGUUACCUCCACGGCCCAGAUUCUGCUGGCUUACAGCAUGGUGAUGAGAGCACUGUCUCAGACUGCCUCCAGUGCAUCAGUGUGCAGCCAGUCUAACGGACUAGAGUCCUUGGGUCUGGCGGAUAUCCGUAUCCUGGUUCGUUUAAUGACUCUAGCGGCGGGGGGCAGGGCUCACACCUGUGUGGACGGACAGCCAGGUGUGAAUGGGAGGGCGACAGAGCGCAACAACUCUAGUUGCCUCAGCUUCCUCUCCUCAGCCAUCGGUAGCGUGGUGUCCCACAGCCCUGCUGCUUACAGACAACUAGUGGAAAUAUGCACUCAGGACCUAAUGGCAGCAGCCACAGGGGUGAAUGUUGGGGCCGUCAGUGACCCGCAGCAGAGAGGAUGUCUGAACUCCAGUCUAACAGCCCAGGGAGCCCAGCAACUGAAAGACAACAAUGAGCAGACACCCCCAACAUUCCUGGUGACACAAAGUCUGGUGUCCCUGCUCACUGAAAAGGGUGUUCACUGUUAUAGCGCAGACAGAGCUGAGCACGAGGCUAAUGAUACAGGAAACCAAGGGGUGUCUUCUUCGUCCUUGCCCCCCUCCCCUCUGCCCCACCUGACCGCCAGAGUGGGCCCCCUGGAGCUGGCUAAUGCGUUGGCAGCAUGUGUCCUGUCUGCCAGACUGACCAGUAAACACCGCCAAUGGGCAGCUCAGCAGCUGGUGCAGGCCCUGGCUGCCACGGGAAGGGACAGUCCUAAUCGGCCCCAAACAUAUAGUGACCUGGCUGGCGACUUGCGCAAAUGUCCUCUCAAGAGGCUGGAAGGACAUUACAACAAGGUGAGCAGCUGUGCCUGGAAUAGUGACCAGAGUUUGCUGGCGACAUGCUCCCAGGACAAGGUGGUGCAACUAUGGAGCAUCAAUCAGGGCGCUGUUGAGUUACAGACCACUUUCUCCUGCAUUACCAGUAAGACGGACAGAUCAAGCAGCGAAAGGGCCGGUAGAUGUCAUCACAUGUCUCCUGUAUACUGGAGUACAGGGGGAAACUUUUUGGCUGCCCCAGAGAAUAAACACAUCAACAUCAUGAACAUCAGAGGAUCUCACUGUCAUGUAGAGGCUCAGAUGUCUCGGGUCACAGCCCUCUGUUGGGCUCAGGCCUUUAGUUUGUGGGUUCUUGACCAGCCAGUGGCAUCUAAGAACAGACCUGCCGAGAGCCUGUUGGUGGGACGGCUGGACGGCUCCCUCUGCUGGCUGCAGGUCACAAUGCAGGAGAUCGACCUGCUCGUCAGGAGCACUGAACUCACCCACUGCCACAGGAAAGAAGCUCCUCAGUGUGUCGCCUGGCACAGUGAGGACAGGCCUUUUGCUGUGGGCUAUCCCAGUGGAAAGAUCCUUUUGGCCACAACUGAGAUGUAUGAGAAUGAGCAGCCUGUAGUCCUGUCUGUCUUCCAGGACAGUGUCAGUUCUCUAAAGUGGGAUCCCACAGGAUACUUGCUGCUGUGUUUGGGAAGGUCGGAGGUUGUGAAGAUCCUGGGACGCUCUGGGGGCAUCUGGGUGACCCUUCACUCCCUUGUUCACACCAGCACCGUUAACGUCGCUGAGUGGUGCCCACUUGCUGGCAGAGCACCUGAUCCCAGGCUCAUGAUGGCUGUAGGUUGUCAGAACGGCUCUGUGCAUGUAUGGACAUUACCACAGGGGGGCACUGUUGUAUCUUUGCCAAAUAUAAACAACAGCCCCUGCAGCCAGGAUAAAAGCGCUGAUGUCAAGCCGGAAAGUGCAGCGAAGUGUGUGUUUGUCCUUCAGGGGCACAUUACAGCAGUGAAGUCCCUUUCAUUUUGCUCUAGUGGACUGGCCUUGGUCUCUGGAGGGAUUGGGGGACUGCUCAACAUUUGGUCCUUACAGGAUGGUUCAGUCUCACAGACUGUUACAGGAUUGGGUUCAGUCGUCAAUACUACCUGGAUACCCAACUUGGGUGUAGCUGCCUGCUUUGGGAGGUCAAAGGAUGUCUUGGUGAUCUGCUGCACCCCUGACUGGAUCAGUCAGAACCAUGUGUUAGCUUCCUGUCGUAUGGUCCUCAGAAGCCAGAACGUCCUGGGUUUGAAUCGGGCACCCUGUUUGGCUGUCUUCCUGGAGAGGCUACCUUUGCUGUUGCAGGAUCAGUACAACUAUGAGCGGAGCCACGUGGCUGCCGGUGACCAGCUUGUCCACAGUGCCUUCCUGCAGAGCCUGGCCUCCUUGACUGUCGGUCUCUCCUUAGAGAAACAUCUUUGCUGUUACCCACGCCCCCCUCACCACAGCAGUCCCGAUGCCUACUCCUGCCCUUCAGAGUGGAGCUGGCUCGCAACUUACGCCACUACUGUCCGUAGUGCUGAGGCUAUUGCUAGCGGUACUGCCUUCCCAGAAUCCUUUAUUGUGUCAGAGCUUCAGGAGGUGGAUGAGACUGAAAUCACCAAGGCACUGGACAAUAGUAAGUGGAGCUUCAAGAUGGAUGAACAGCUGAUGUCAUGGGCCACCACCAGACCAGAGGACUGGCAACAAGGGGGAAAGAGUGAGGUGUACUUCUGGGGGAACGGACGUUACGGACAGUUGGCAGGAGUGGGAACCAACCUAACAUCGCCCACUCUUGCACCCUCGCUGCUACAAACACAACAGGUUGUGUGUGGGCAGAACUGUUCCUUUCUGGUGCAGUCCAAUGGCACAGUACUGGCUGUAGGCGAAGGACAAUAUGGCAGACUGGGCCAGGGGAAUUCUGAUGAUCUCUAUGUCCCCACUGUUAUCUCUGCUUUUCAAGGGUAUGUGGUGACUCACCUGGUGACAUCCUGUGGAUCCGAUGGACACUCCAUGGCCCUGACCGAGACCGGGGAGGUGUUCAGUUGGGGAGAUGGAGAUUUCGGAAAACUGGGUCACGGCAACAGUGAAAGACAGAGGAGACCCAAACAGAUAGAGGCCUUACAAGGGGAAGAUGUUGUUCAGCUUGCUUGUGGUUUCCGUCACUCAGCUGUGGUAACCGCGGACGGGAAACUGUUCACUUUCGGCAGCGGCGAAUCUGGUCGUCUGGGUCAACGGUCAACAUCCAACAAGAUGCUGCCUGAGAGGGUGGCCGCCCUAGAGGGAUAUCAUGUGGGACAGGUGUCUUGUGGUCUCAAUCACACACUAGUGGUGUCCCUUGAUGGCAUGGUUGUGUGGGCAUUUGGAGAUGGGGAUUAUGGUAAACUGGGAACAGGUUCCUCUACUGCAAAAUACUAUCCUCAGAAAGUGGAGCAGCUUUGCAAUAAGGGAAUUAAGAAGGUCAGUUGUGGAACUCAGUUCUCCGUGGCGUUGGCCUGCGAUGGACACGUUUACACAUUUGGACAAGAGCGUCUGAUCGGCCUGCCGGACUCCAUGCUGAAGAAUAAGUCCAACCCUCAGGUGGUGCCGUCUCUGGAGGGGCUGUUCAUAGAGGACAUUGCUGUGGGCUGUGAACAUGUGCUCGCUCUGUCUUCCACCGGAGACGUCUACGCCUGGGGCUGCAACAGUGAGGGACAGCUUGGCCUUGGACACUCUAACCCAGUGAAGGAGCCCACACUCAUAACAGCCCUUCAGGGGAAGAACAUCAGACAGAUCUCUGCAGGGCGCUGCCAUAGUGCUGCAUGGACUACCCCCUCUACCUCGAUGAAAAACUCAGGUGGCCCUGGAAAUUUCCAGCUAGGCCUUCCCCAGUCAGUCCCUCCCCAGUACAACACUCUGAAAGACUGCAGCCCUGAUGUCCUGAGCAUGCGCCUCAGGGUACUCUACAACUUUUCUGAUCUCAUGUAUAAGUCAUGGAGGCUGCUCAACCUGGACCCCAGGAAUCCGGUGUCUAUUUCACGCUAUAGUUCAGGGACGACUGCCAUCAUCAGGGGUGAGCUCAGAGGGCUUCUAUCACCCAAAGUCAACACUCUGCCUCUGGUGCGCUCCAUUGGCAGAACAAUGACCCAGGGCAAAACAUAUGGGCCACAGAUCACAGUGAAACGGAUUUCCACAAGAGGGCGUUCGAGCAAGCCCAUCUUUGUGCAAAUCGCAAAGCAAGUCGUGAGCCUGAAUCCUCUGGAACUGCGGCUUCCAUCACGGGCCUGGAAGGUCAAGCUUGUCGGAGAGGGAGCUGACGAUGCCGGAGGAGUGUUUGAUGACACCAUCACUGAGAUGUGUCAGGAGCUGCAGUCUGGUGUGGUGGAUCUACUGAUUCACACUCCCAACAGCUUUGCAGAUGUGGGCAGUAACACUGACAGGUUCCUGUUGAACCCCGCAGCCUUCUCAGAGGAUCACAUGGUCCAGUUUCGCUUCCUGGGCAUUCUCAUGGCGGUGGCCAUCCGCACCAAGAAACCUCUGGACUUGCAUCUGGCUCCUUGGGUGUGGAAACAGCUCUGCUCUAUGCCACUGGGAGGGCCUGACCUGGAGGAGGUGGACCUUCUCACCUACCGCACACUCCAGGGCAUCCUUCACCUGGAAAACAGUGGAAUCACUGAGGAUAACUUCCAUGUGAUGAUCCCACUGGAUUCAUUUAUGGCCCACAGUGCAGAUGGAAGGCUGGUGCCUGUGGUUCCUGGAGGUCAAAACAUCUCCCUGACUUUUACCAACCGGACUGAAUAUGUGGAGAGAGCUCUGAACUACAGGCUGCAUGAAAUGGAUUCACAGGUGGCAGCAGUCAGAGAGGGCAUGUCCACCAUCAUCCCUGUGCCCCUCCUCUCCCUGCUGACAGCGCAGCAGCUGGAGCAGCUGGUCUGUGGCCUGCCAGAGGUCUCCGUCGAGAUGCUGAAGAAGCUGGUGCGCUACCGUGACAUCACAGAGAGCCACCAGCUCAUUGGCUGGUUUUGGCAGAGCCUGGAGGAGUUCACCAAUGAGGAGCGAGUGCUCUUCCUGCGCUUCGUCUCUGGCCGGUCCAGGCUGCCCUCCAACCCAGCUGAUAUUACACAGAAGUUCCAGAUCAUCAAGGUCGACAGGCCGGUCAACGGUCUCCCUACUGCUCAGACCUGCUUCUUUCUUUUACGCCUGCCCCCGUACACAAGCCAAGCCAUCCUGGCCGAGCGUCUGCGUUACUCCAUCCACAACUGUCCCUCCAUUGACAUGGACAACUACAUGCUGACCCACAACACUGAGCCAGCAGACAGCUCCGACACAGAGGACUGAAGCAGCCAGCUGUGUUCACCAGGGUGAUGAAUGUAUCUCCUCCCAUGCCAUGCACAUUAUGCACUAAAAACAUUUUUGUUUUGCCAAACCUUGAUGGUAGUGUACUGUUAAUGUUGAUUUAAGGAUGCGUAGUUUUGUUUUGUUUUUGUUUUCUUUUGUAAGGUGUUGUAAUUAUUGCUGUGCUUACUCUGAAUCAAAACUACAGGGAUACAGAAUAAGAUUUUUAAAAGCAUAGGGGAAUAAGCCAUUGUGGCUUUGCAGUUACUGUGCCUGUUUGUUUGAAAAUAUGUAAUAAUUUAAUGACCUGUCUCAUGACAGUAUUAUUGUAAAAUAAAGAGUGUUUAAGUAAGGA